AUGCGUGGCAUGCACAUUAAUCCGGACAAGACGAAAGUUAUCUUGAAACCGGACAAAACGACAAUCACAGAACCCCAUCAUAUUUGGCCUUCACUGUCUGAUGAAGAUUGGAUUAAAGUUGAAUUGGCCCUCAAGGAUAUGAUUUUGGCUGAUUACGGUAAGAAAAAUAACGUAAACGUAGCAUCGUUGACGCAGAGUGAGGUACGCGAUAUCAUUCUUGGUAUGGAAAUCAGUGCACCGUCGGCACAGCGACAGCAAAUUGCUGAUAUCGAAAAGCAAACGAAGGAGCAAAGCCAAGUCACAGCGACAACAACACGAACGGUCAAUAAGCACGGUGACGAAAUCAUCUCGGCAACGACCAGUAAUUAUGAGAGUCAAUCUUUUGCAUCACGUACGGAAUGGCGUAUCCGUGCAAUCAGUGCAACAAAUCUACAUUUACGUACGCAGCAUAUUUACGUGAAUUCAGAUGAUGUCAAAGACACCGGUUACACGUAUAUUCUGCCGAAGAAUGUCUUAAAAAAGUUCAUCACGAUCGCAGAUUUACGAACUCAGGCAAGUAUUGCUUUACAUUUUCAGUAG